UCACAUUUUCUACCAAUCUAGAAGUAAAACUUAAAAAGUCCCCUCCAUUUGACUUCUUUUGUAGGGGUGUGUGGGAAAAAUCACUGGUCAGUCAAAAUGGCCGCCGGCAGGCUCUUUAUCCAUAAGGACAGGCUAGCAAGACAACUGGUGUCAUGCCCACAUGUCCACAAGCCCAGACAAGGUGAAUCCACAUAUCUGGAUGACCACGGACCUCCUGCUCCAAAAGUGCUCCCGUUCCCCAGCCAGGUGGUUUAUAACCGAGUGGGGAAGUGCGGCAGUCGGACGGUGGUCAUCUUACUGAGGUUACUGGCCGAGAAACACCAGUUUAACCUGGUUUCCUCAGACAUCCACAAUAAACACGCCUUACUAAACAUGAACAGUUUUAUCCCCUGCUCGCUCUACAGUUUGUCCUCCUGUCUUGUACCGGGCACACGUCCUGAAGGUUUUCAUACGAUGGGAACUCUGGAGCGUCGUUUCAGCCAAAGAACUGAAACCAGGCGGUGGACUCUAAACAUAUAUUCUUCGUCUGUCUUUGCAGGUGAAUCCACAUAUCUGGAUGACCACGGACCUCCUGCUCCAAAAGUGCUCCCGUUCCCCAGCCAGGUGGUUUAUAACCGAGUGGGGAAGUGCGGCAGUCGGACGGUGGUCAUCUUACUGAGGUUACUGGCCGAGAAACACCAGUUUAACCUGGUUUCCUCAGACAUCCACAAUAAAACACGCCUUACUAAACAUGAACAGGUGGAUCUCAUGAAGAACAUCAGUAAUAUCCCUCAGCCGUUCCUCUAUACACGCCAUGUUCACUUUCUCAACUUUACAAGGUUCAGGAUAGAACAACCCGUCUAUAUUAACAUCAUCCGGGACCCCAUCAACCGGUUCCUCUCCAACUACUUCUUCCGUCGAUUUGGCGACUGGAGGGGGGAGCAGAACCACCUCAUCCGCACUCCGGGCAUGAAAGAUGAUGAGAGAUACCUGGACAUCAACGUCUGCAUUCUGGAGAAUUAUCCCGAGUGUUCCAACCCCAGAGUUUUCUACAUCAUCCCUUACUUUUGCGGACAGCAUCCACAGUGCAGGGAACCAGGAGUCUGGGCUUUAGAACGGGCCAAACAGAACGUGCUGGAGAACUACCUCCUGGUUGGAAUCCUGGAGGAGUUGGAGGACGUUCUGCUGCUGUUGGAGAGGCUCUUACCGCACUACUUCACUGGAGUACUCAACAUCUACAAGAGCCCCGACUACAAGAAGAUGGGGAACAUGACGGGUACGGUGCGUAAACACACCCCCACCCUGGAGGCCCUGCAGGUCCUGUACCACCGCAUGCGCUACGAGUACGAGUUCUACAACUUCAUCCGUGACCAGUUUCACCUCACGAAGAAAAAAAUCGGCCUUAAGUCGGUCUCCCAACCCCCCGCCUACUCGCCCGCCUUCCUGCGUGAGCUGGCCCUCCGAACCCCAGAGCCUCUGGAUGAAGACGAGGACCUGGACACGGACCUGGAGGAUGCUAACAGCUGGCUGAUCCAUCCUUAAGGACUGAUCCAGUAACAGCUGACGUUAGCCAAAAAGCUCAUUUGCUAGAUUUGGCUGGUGAUAGCCGGAGGCAGCCUUGGGGGGGGAGGGGGCAACGUGGGAAUACACCCCCCCCCCCCCCCCCCCCCCCCCCCCCAUCCAUCUAUCAGCAAUCCCAAGAGAAGUGAGGUGUGAUUAGGACUGAGCGGAUCGCGACGCUCGACUUUUUACGGGCUGGGUUUUUCAAUCUGCCAAAGACUCCUUUUACAAGAGGCUCACCACUGACGACUGUUGGCUGGAGGAACUGGAGGAACAAAAGGUUCUUUUUCAAAUUAGACCAAGGACGGUGGGAAAAUAAUGUUCAGCUCAAUUCACUCGACUCAAGUUUAGUUUUAAUUUGAGCUUGUUUUUGGGUUUGCUUUUCUUGCAAGAAAUCAUCCUUACUGCGAAUCUCCAGGAGAGAUUAGUGCAAGAUGUGGACAGCUAUUUUAAAUGUUGGGUAUUAACGAUAGGAAAGGACUUCCGAGGCAUUUCCUGUUCAAGGUUAAUGUCGUAAAAGUCCGUAAAUCCUAAUGGUUAAAAAAAAAAAAAAAAAAGUGCCAAAACCAUUGUGUG